CCCAGGUGGGGCUCAGUGCCCGAGUUGCGGCCACGCGCCCCGCCCCGCCCAGAUUGCAGCCCUUGCGGAAGUGCGGGCCGCGCCCGGGAUGUUGUCCCUGGCGGCCACGCUCUGGCGGCCGCGGGGUCCUGGACUGGCCCUGAGGCCCCUGCGCUCUGCUGCUUGCGCAGAGUCCCGGCCUUGGGCAGGCCGCAGGGAAGGGCGCGUCCUCGCCUACCGCGCCGCCCGCGGUGAUCUAAAAAAGCUUUGGGCGCUUCUCGAAGACCUGGUGUCCGAAACCCAGGCUAGAGGUAAGCAUGGCGGAGCAGGAACCCACAGCCGAGCAGCUGGCCCAAAUUGCAGCUGAGAAUGAGGAGGAUGAGCACUCAGUCAACUACAAGCCCCCGGCCCAGAAGAGCAUCCAGGAAAUCCAGGAGCUGGACAAGGAUGACGAGAGCCUGCGCAAGUACAAGGAAGCCCUGCUGGGCCGCGUGGCUGUCUCUGCUGACCCCAACUGCCCUAACGUCAUCGUGACUCGUCUGACCCUAGUGUGUAGCACCGCCCCUGGUCCACUGGAGUUAGAUCUGACAGGUGAUCUGGAGAGCUUCAAGAAGCAGUCCUUCGUUCUCAAGGAGGGUGUGGAGUACCGGAUAAAAAUCUCUUUCCGGGUGAACAGGGAGAUUGUGUCUGGCAUGAAGUACAUCCAACAUACCUACCGGAAAGGCGUCAAGAUUGACAAGACUGACUACAUGGUGGGGAGCUAUGGGCCUCGAGCAGAGGAAUAUGAGUUCCUGACACCCAUGGAGGAAGCACCCAAGGGCAUGCUGGCUCGAGGCAGCUACAACAUCAAGUCCCGCUUCACAGACGACGACAAGACUGACCAUCUGUCCUGGGAGUGGAAUCUCACCAUCAAAAAGGAGUGGAAAGACUGAGGCCUGGCUGGGAGGCGGGCAGGGUAGAUGGACAGACGAAUGGACGGACGAA